AUGCAAACUUCAAUCUUUUCAUUCUAUGCUCCACCUCCACUUCAGCCUCCGAAUUCCUCGCCUUGUUCGCGGAAGCCAAACACACUAUUUUUCACCUCCACAUUUGACAGCAGACCUUCCACCCUAUCAACUCAAAGGCUCUCAAGAAAGCUUAUCUGCAAACCCCCUGCAGGAAAAUAUCUCAGCGACGAUUAUCUUGUGAAAAAACUAUCUGCAAAAGAAAUCCAGGAGUUGGUGAAGGGAGAGAGGAAUGUGCCACUGAUUAUUGAUUUCUAUGCCACAUGGUGUGGACCUUGUGUCUUAAUGGCACAAGAGCUUGAAAUGCUCGCUGUUGAGUAUGAAAACAAUGCAGUGAUCGUGAAGGUGGACACGGAUGAUGAAUAUGAAUUUUCACGUGAUAUGCAGGUUAGAGGCUUGCCAACAUUGUAUUUCAUCAGCCCUGACCCAAAGAAAGAUGCUAUUAGGACAGAAGGACUCAUCCCUAUACAAAUGAUGCGCGAUAUACUCGAUAAUGAAAUGUGAACUCUGCAUCUUCAUCAAGAAACCGUUGCAGCUCAAGCUCAAGACUUGUGUUUACUGUGAAAAUAUAGGUUGUGAAAUUAUUGUUUCAGAGGUAGUUGGUGGAAGAGACACAGAUUAGGCUAGAUUUGCUUUUUCUUCUUUUUCUCUUUUCAUCCCUUUGUUUUAGAUAGGUGACUAUUUACAAGUUACAACUAAGAUUAGCUCUGUAUCAGUAUCAGAUUCUAUUAGUAAACAAUUUUCCCACAAA